CUAUGAGUGCAUUCUACAAGUUACAGCUAUGAGUGCAUUCUACAAGUUACAGCUAUGAGUGCAUUCUACAAGUUACAGCUAUGAGUGCAUUCUACAAGUUACAGCUAUGAUUGCAUUCUACAAGUUACAGCUAUGAUUACAUACCACAAGCUACAGCUAUUAUUACAUACCACAAGCUACAGCUAUUAUUACAUACCACAAGCUACAGCUAUUAUUACAUACCACAAGCUACAGCUUUUAUUAUAUACCACAAGCUACAGAUAUGAUUGCAUCCACAAGCUACAGCUGUGAUUACAUCCCACAAGCCUGACCCCAGACUUUAUCUCUUAUGUUUUAUCCAGAUCUAAAGAAAUGUGUAUAACCCCUCAAUAAAAUGAGACUCCGUGUCUGUGUUGACAACCCUGUUUUAAAUAAAGUAGCUUUAAAAUUGUCUGGCCUGUCACUUGGUCCACACACGCUGAUUUAAACAGCGACGCCCCCGGCUCAGACCAGACCACCCCGUCGACUACAACCGCCUUUUCCUCUUGAGUUAUUGUGUAAAAAGCUGUGCAAAGAGUCAGUGGGGACGGUUACAGUCAGCAGACGUGAAGCCGACAGCAGGUAAGCUCUGUGCUGUUCGUUUCGCGUGGAUGAAUGUUGAUAUUGAGCCAUCUGUGGUUCACUCUACAAGUUGUAUGUGCUGCUUCAUAUCGAAAAUAAUAUUUUCUGACGUUACAAGUCGGUGCAUAAUCCGCUCUAUCCUAGGGAUGCAGGCAGUUUUUAUUGUCACAUCCCACGGAUAGGGUCAGUUUCAUUGCUCUAUCAUACUAUCAAUGAAAUGUAGCUCUGUCAUUAGUCAUUAUUAUAUGGAGUGAGUAGUAUGACAUAAUUUAAGAGUGUAUCUGUAAGAUUAUGUUAGAGAAUGAUACGCAAGGAGUUAAAAAGUAAGAGUAGUACAUGCUGGAGUAGCCUGUGGCUUGUAUUUGGAUAUGACAUGAAAGAGUAUUUCAUUUUCAUUGAAGGGUAUUCCUCGUAAGAAUAUGCUAUGCAAGAGUAUGACAUGUUAGAGCAGCGGUUCUCAACCUGUGGGUCGCGACCCUUUUGGGGGUCGCGCGACCCUUUUCCAGGGGUCGCCUAAGACCAUCUGAAAACACAUAUCCUUACAGCUAUGAAAUAGCAACGAGAAUGGUUGUGCGGCUGGGGGUCGCCACGACACGAGAAACUGUAUUAAAGGGUCGCGGCACUAGGAAGGUUGAGAACCACUGUGUUAGAGUAUGCCAUAUACGAUCAUGACCCUUGACCUUAUUUCUUUGCAAACCGCGGUUGUAAAACAUCAUCGUUGUAGGUUCAUGCCAUGUAACAGAUUCAUUGUGGUGCAACUUCGGUAUGAAUCUGUUAUAUUGACAACGUCAACCUUAUUCCAAGUUUUUUUUAAAAAAAUGCUUCGUCAUUGUCGCACAGUGACGAAGCAUUUUUUUUUUAAAGCUCUGUAUAAAAACGCAUACCUGCAACCUUGCUAUAGGCAUAGGGACUACGGGGGUCGUACAUGAGUGGGUCCGGGGGAGAGGGGGGAGGCAAUGCGUUUUUCACAUACAUUAAGUAAGCAUUGGGGAUUUGUGAUACGAUAUUAAUGUUGAAAGCCCACAGAUUUAAGAGGCUCCACUCAUUGGAUAAGCUAGAGACGGGCCUUGAUUAGUGCGGCCUCUAAUGUAACGAACAACCACAUUGCUUACAGGAUACGCUAGAAACUAAGCUGUGUAACGUGGGUGGAAAAUGCCGCCCCAAAAUAAGUGGCGUCCGCAGCGGUCCGACCCCGUCUCACCCCACCCACCCCCACCCCCCAGCCUCGUUUCUUCCUCCGUCCGCGCCUUCAUUAGUCAUUUAUUUGACAAUAUAGAUCCUAUAAACGCCUGGAUAACAACCAUUCAUCAGAAGUCCGUACGUCUUUUUGGAGCGUGACACGACCUAAGACGCAGCAAUCGUAUGAAGCAAAGUCGACGAAUAAGACAAAAAACAAACCAGUUUUCUUAUGUCUUCCUCGUGUCAAGCCAUCUACGAUGUUCGCGGUGACGUGUGCAGCUUUAUCGAUUGCUUACCUACAAGUCCACAGUGCACAAUGCGAGUUUCCCCGAUCGAUUUGCGGGGGGGGGGGGGGGGAGGCACAGACUGUUUUAAUGGCACCACAGAACGGAAUCCCGUCCUUGGGUGUGUAUGAUUAGAGUGUGUCAGUCUUCUUCUUAAACCACUGAAAGCAAUAAAGUCCUGUAAAGAAAAUGGCAUGAACUGCUCCAAACCAAUAUACAAUGUGUAUGGAGUCGUCAGGAUAAAAAGUACAAAUAAAAUGCCACAUCGGCCAAAGCAUAGAAUCGCCACAUCAUCGAUUUUGACUGGGAACCAUAGAUCUGGACGCAUGCACAUCAUUAUUUGCAUGUAGAUCUAAUCUGCAUUUGAAUUUAACUCUUUUUUUCCAUCUGGUCUCCUCCGUUUCCAGCUACUGAAAAAAAAGUCAAUAAAUCCAUUUUUUUUUUUAAAAUAUAAAUCAUAAUUGGGGUAACAAGCAAAAAUUAUAAUCAAGUUUGGCUUAACAUCUCGUUACUCAAUGUUGAACUAACAUCAGGAAAAAUACUCUGAUUGUUUGUUGGCUAUGGCGACUGACACCUACUGUGCUGUUAGAUUGAAUCGUUGGGUGCCUGGUACCGCAGAUCGUACACAUAUGGGGCCUAAAUCUAACCAAUAAGAUAUGUUCUUUUUUGUAAGGCAUGGGGAAAUUUGAUGCUAUAUUUUAAUUUUGGGGAAGACUCCACGAGUUCCAUUUUGAGGAAUCCUUAAAAUUAAGUUUCUCAUAUCAAAUUUGUUCCCACGUUCAUCUAUCGUUAUCUCAUCAAAACUGUCCAAGGGUCCUUAUUCCAAGGACAACGUCAACCUUAUUCCAAGUUAUCUACCAUCUGGUCGCGCAAUAAUUCAAACCCAUGGCCCAGCCCGCUAGAGGAAUACAAUACAACCUUCUCGCUCAACGUCACGGAUACCUACAAUCACGUCAUGAUUACGUCACAAUCCUAAUGACGCCAGGAGCGUUCAUCAGCGAAACUAAUCCCCCAAGACACACCGCCCGCAAUAAAACGCAACAUUAUUGUAUGGCUAGCAACAAAACGGGAAGAUAACUCCUAGCAAAUCAAAUCAGAUGUCAUACACGAAAUUUCAUGUAAGGCUAAAGAUAAAAAAUUAUUGAAUACACAUUUUUUUUUUAGGAUUCCCAGAUACAUUUUCCAUAAUAAACCGGACAACUUCCCAUCCUUCUCCUACCAGAGGUAUUCCGCAAGGAGGAUCCGAGAUGAUCAGGGAGGCAUAUUAUUAAUAUUUUCCGGUAUUUAUUUUUUUUUUGUAUCCCCCCCCCCCGCCCAGGGACAUCAUUUGAGUAUAGCAGGGGGGUAGUGGCCCCUCCUGAAUUGCUGAAUAUUCAGGUUUUUAUUUAAAUUGUUAUGUACUGUUGCGCCUCCAAGGAUAAACAACUCAACAAGCCGGGCGCCAAGUUCUGGUUUUUUCCCCCUCACACCCCUUCCUACGUCACUGCUGGUGCCCCUCCCCCUCGCACGGCCUGCCUGGCAACCGUAAUAUUUCUACCCAAAUGCUUUAUCACCCCCAAAAAAAUUCCAUUUCUCCGCUAGGCCCGCCGAGUCACCAAGAGCAAACUUCAGAGCAGUUAUCGAACCUUACAAAAGCCAUGUUUGCUUACAUUGCGCUCAUGAGGCUCUGACAUUUAAACAGACCUGGUUAAGUAGAUCAAGAUUUUAAGCCCCGUCUGCAGGGCCGAGGAUUCGAGAGUUGUUGUUGUUGUUGUUGUUGUUGUUGUUUUUCUGUUAGAUUGUCUGAAAAGGGCUUAGUGGAGAAAGACGUAACAAAAACAAAAAGAGAGAAAAACUCGCUUGAAAUUGACUAUCUAAAAAUUUUAAAACAAAAGUGAGGCGAAUUUAAAUUUAUCUUUAUCGUCUGCAUCAAUAGUUGCUGAUGAAAUCAGCUCCAAACACACAAGGCAAACAACGCAUGUUUACAUCCAAUGUAACCCAACACACAGAUGCAAUUUUUGGGUUCAAAUAAACGCUUCAAACACAGCGAUGCUGCCAACAAUCUUUUGAUCUAUAACCAUUUAGAUCAUUUCCAUAUAGAACGCUUCUGUGGACUUCAUACAGCCAGUAUGCAGGUCAUUAGCUCCCUUGAUUCCGGCCGUUGAAAAAAAAAUGUCAAAGUGACCUGGCUGCAUCAACAAAAUGUGCGAUCAAGCAGCUCAGUCCCUGCAUCAGAUAUAUGUUUAAUGCCGUUAAGCAUGUACACAUGACGAUGUUUAUUUUUCCACCGGAUUGGGCAAAGUAGACCAAAGAACUAUUGCAAAAAUACCUGAUUCCCGAGGAAGUUAAUGUGAGAUUGUUGAAUUGGAUCAGUAGUUGGGUCUUAACUUGUAAACUUUUGCUACAUAGACCAGAAUUUAACUUCAUAACCAUCCAUCUCUGAGAAUUUUCUAAACGCACAGAAAGUAAUGUAUGAUAUUUUGUUUUUCGUUCCGUCAAAGCUUCAAAAUAAAAUUUCAAUCGAAUGGUGUUGGUUGGGUCCACAAAUUCAAGCGAGUUUGUUGUCUGAGAACAUAAUUUCAAUUAAGGGUGUUGUUUAGGAACAGAGGUUCAAUCAAAUGUGUUUGCUUGGGCCAUAAGUUUAAUAAAUGAUGUUGGCUGGAGCUAGAAGUUCAAUCGAUGUUCGUUGGCUUGGACCAGAAGUAUAAUCAAUGGUGUUGGCUUGGACCAGAAGUACAAUCAAUGGUGUUGGCUUGGACCAGAAGUACAAUCAAUGGUGUUGGCGUGGACCAGAAGUACAAUCAAUGGUGUUGGCGUGGACCAAAAGUACAAUCAAUGGUGUUGGCGUGGACCAGAAUAACAAUCAAUGGUUUUGGCUUGGACCAGAAGUACAAUCAAUGGUAUUGGCGUGGACCAGAAGUACAAUCGUUGUGCUGUCUGGAGCUAAAAGUUCAAGCAAUAGUGUUGGCUGGGGUCAGAAGUUAAAUAAAUGGUAUUGACUGUGUCUUAACAUGUAUCCCCCCACCCCGCAUCAUAGUAGGGUUUCUCCCUGUGUCUAAACAAAAGUAGUGUCCUCACUGCGUCUUAAGGCUGUUUCCCGGUUCACUUAUCUAAACUUAUUUCAACAAUGCGGAUUUUUGUACAAUGUGGCUAUUACAGCGUCCCUCAUCAACUCUACACUUUAAUGUUUCUCAUCUCCAAUUCUUGUUCUCCGCUGCAUAUCAUUUAGUUUCCAUACAACUCGACUGUGCAUUCGUGUGUUAUUGUUUUUUGUUGUUGUUUUCCUCACAUUUAAUCAACCUUCGUACAACAAUUCAAUGUUAUUGAACAAUAAUAUCCCUAGCUUGACCAUUAAACCAACCAAUAAAAAGGGCAUGAACAAAUGCAUGUAUGAAUGAGCUUUUCCCAAUUUAUUUAUAACUCUGGGAAAAUCCGUCAGUUUCAGCUCUUACAAGGCAACAAUCAUCAUGGGGAAAAAGAUUCUGGUCAUCCUCACAAGUGCUGACAAGUUCCCAACAACCGGGAAGCCGACAGGCUGGUAUCUGCCAGAACUGGCCCACCCGUACAAAGUGUUGGUGGACGCUGGGUUCACGGAGUUCGACGCCAUCAGCCCUAAAGGUGGGAAGGCGCCGUUGGUAUGUUGAUCACGUGAAUGGUCGUCUUUGUUUAUUUGAUGAAACACAUUUGUGGGAGAAGCCUGAUUACAGGAACGAUAAUUUAACUUCUAGAAACUUCUUUGCGUUGCACUAUGUGUAAUACAGUGUUUCUCAAAUGAUGUUCCGCGCGCAGGCGCCGGUCCGGGAGCCUUACGUUGCCGGUCCGCACAACAUGAUCGUGAAUAUUUCUAGUCAAACUAAACAAAAAUGCAAUUCAUAAAUCCUUGAACAGGUCUCUAAUGCGAUUUCAAUAUUUGUCCACCGCUCCCUGCUGCAAUUUCAAAAUGUGUCAAAUGUGUCCACCGGCCAGACAUACUUAACAGUUUGGGAAACGCUGAUGUAGCGGACAAAAGAGUUUUCCUUAUAUUUUCCAUUUGUUUUCUUUUUAUUAAAGCAAUGUUGGCACUUAUUUUGUUGUCGCCCCCCCCCCCCGACCAUUUCCACUCCAGAGAGAUGCAUUAAGAACUUUUUAGCUCCAGGACUCACUAACGCCAUGUCCUAGUUUACAUAUUUCACCAUGACAACCACAUUAUUAUCCUGAAACCCUGCAAGUAACUGAAAUGUUGCAUUUCUUUUUAAACAGUACCCUUUGAAUUAGUCUGAUAAAAACAUUAUCCCAUUACACUGUGGAUGACCCUGUAAAGAAAGUUUCUUCUACUGGAUGUUUGUUCUACUGGAUGUUUGUUCUACUGGAUGUUUGUUCUACUGGAUGUUUCUUCUACUGGAUGUUUCUUCUACUGGAUGUUUGUUCUACUGGAUGUUUCUUCUACUGGAUGUUUCUUCUACUGGAUGUUUGUUCUACUGGAUGUUUCUUCUACUGGAUGUUUGUUCUACUGGAUGUUUCUUCUACUGGAUGUUUCUUCUACUGGAUGUUUGUUCUACUGGAUGUUUCUUCUACUGGAUGUUUUAUUCUUCACAGGAUGCUGACAGUAUUGAAGCUUUUAAAGACGAUGCAGCUUGCCAGUGGUUCCUCAAAGAUGCUAAAGCACAGGCCCUAGUGAACAACACCAAGGUUGCUUCACAGGUCAAGGCCAGGUUAGAAUUGAUCCUGAAUAAUGACCAAAAUUUUAAUGAACUAGAAGCCCUUGCUUCCAACUGGUUGGGUUUUCUUUUACUAAAACUUUUAUUUGCCAAUCAACAAAAAAAAUACUAAUUUCUAUGAUAUUCCACCCACCUUAUCAAACCCAUUAAAAGUAUGUACUUAUUAAUAAUGAGAGAAGUAAGAUAGUUUAUAUAAAGGUAUUUUUUCCCACAUACACCCUAAUCCAAUAAAACCCUCACACAAGUGACAAGUGAUAAUUUUUUUUUUUAAAUAGGUCUAUUGCUCUUAUCAUUCGGUUGUUCAUGGUUUGUAAAUGUCAAAUCCCAUUUGCAUUACUUUCGUAACUCUAUUGUUCAGGUAAAUGUUCAAAAAAGUCCAAUAAGAUAAGAUUUGUCAUUGAUCCAAAUAAAUGGAAAUGAUUUUUUGUAUUACAUUGCACAAAUUUAUUUUCAGCACAUAAACAAAUUUUUAACAUACAUAUUUUUAACAAAGACAUUUUACAAUUAUAAAAAUUAAAACACAUUACAUCUAAAGUAUUUCUCUAGCAUAGAAAUCAGCCCAAAAUGAACUCCUUUAGUGACAAUAAUGACUUAAUUUGUGAUCAUUUAGAUUUGGUAAUCACUGGGGGAACAGCCUGGUACACUCUGUGGAACAAAAGAAUUUUUAUAUCUUUGGGUCCUAACUUUAGGAGAAAGAAUUCAAGCUGAUCUUAGGUAUCUGUGAUGAAGUGGGUGGGAUGUAUCAUCCAAAAAAAUGUUUAGUUUUACAUCAUCAUUUUCAUGUCAGGGAUUAUUGUCUAACAUUCUGCUGUUCCUUUAAUUGUCCCCCCCCCCAGUGAAUAUGAUGCAGUUCUGUUUCCUGGAGGUCAUGGGCCCAUGUUUGAUUUAGCAACAGAUGCCACCAUUGCAAAGAUAACCGCACAAGUUUACGACAAAGGAGGAGUAGUUGCUGCUGUCUGCCAUGGUCCUGCUGGUAAAUUCUUUGUUACUUGGUUUACAUAUUGUCUUUGGAUGUUCAUUUAUUAUUUUAUUUUUAAAUUCUAAUGGGUGACUACUUUAAGUACUCAUCCAUACAAAAGGUGAUAAAAUAUUUAAAACUAGAAGAUAUGAUCCGUUGUAACCAAGCAAAAAAUGACAGGCAUAGUGUGCAAAUUUCUAACUUCUAUAGCGAAGUCCAAAAUCUACUAAUUGUAUGUAUGUAACCAUCAGGUUUAGAGAUAUUUUAUCCUCAAAAUAAAAUAAAAUUUUGCACAACCUUGAAAUGUUUAUGUAGUAAUUAGUAAAUCAAACUUACUCUUUUUUUUUUUUUUAAAGAAGUGCUGGUAUCUAUGUUCAGAUGUUUACAUUUCUAACAUUAGGCCCACCCAAACUUUUUUUGCAGGCCCCUGAACUACACACAAUAAUAUUAUUGUUUUAAAUUUAUUUUUUAUUUAUAAUAAUAAUACUUACAUUAUUAAAUAUUACUUACAGUUGCAUCAAAGCAGAUACACUUUAUCAAAUUUAAAUUGAUUCGAUUUCUGUAAAAUAAAGAAAAAAUCACUAUCAUGGUUUUUUAGAAGUUGACUGUAACACAUAUACACAGACUCAUUGGCAUAUAUUUAAAUAUAUAUAUUUAACAUACUUUCUCUUGUUAAAAACUUGUUAGAUUUAGCCCCCCCCCCCUUUUUUUUUUUCUAGUUUUUUGUUUUCAUUGUUGCCAGAGUUAUUGUUCCUAACUCCUGCUCUAGCACACAAAAGGUCAUUUUUUUAAAAUCUUUUUAGUUUUUCCCCCCCCCCCCCUUUUUUUUUUUCUAGUUUUUUGUUUUCAUUGUUGCCAGAGUUAUUGUUCCUAACUCCUGCUCUAGCACACAAAAGGUCAUUCUCUCCCCUAAUUUAAGUAACAUUCAGAGCCUGCCCCCAUUUUAUUAUUAGCCAUUUCCUGUCAACCAAGUAGAGCUAAGUGCCUAUCUUAAGUUGUCUAACUUUCUUGUUGGGUUUGUUAUAUUGUAGAGUAUGGCUGUUCAGCUGAAUCAGUCUGUUCUAUUGUUUUGUUUUGUUAUUCAAGCUUCCUGCUGUCUCUACCCAAACCCACCUUUUGGUAAAAAGCCAAGAGCUGUUUUUAAUGACACAACCCAGAAAUUUUACCUUACUAUUCAGACCCUAAGAUGUCAUGCAUGUGAGACUGUUCUUCUCACUCAUCUUUGUUUACCUUACAGGUCUAGUUCCAGUCAAACUUGCCAAUGGUGACUCCAUAGUCAAGGGUAAGAAAGUGACGAGCUUCUCCAACAAUGAAGAAGAUGCAGUGAAACUGUCAGAGUACAUGCCUUUCAUGUUAGAGACUAGACUUGUUGAGUUGGGGGCCACAUUCAGCAAGGCAGACAACUGGAAGGAGAAUGUUGUGGUGGGUGAUAUUGAAAAACUUAAAGUGUCCCCAGAUCACACUGUAGCCUCCUCAAUCUCUUUGUUUCUGCACAUUGUGAUCUGGGAACAUUUUAGUUUAUCAAUUUAAAAUAAUGUAUUCUCCUUGCUUUGUAUUGUCUGCCAAAGAAGGCAUUUAGCCAAAAUGUUCUUUUAUUUGUUAGGUCUUUUUUUCAAAUCUUAACAUAUCUUGUUACACUUUUUAUUCACUUCACACAGCUUUGAAUGACACAGUCCCCCAUACAUUAUUUAAUUUGAACUAGGUUAACAUGCAUUUUUUUUUUUUUUUUUUUAAAUUUAGGAUAAAAAGGAUAAGAUUUGUUCAUAUUAUAGGAUAGGACCUGGGAGUGUCCAAAAAAAAAAAGAGGAGGCAUAUAGGUUUGUGAUAAAUAAGGGUUGCUUGGAUGCCGCUGACCCCCCCUGCCCCCCCCCCUAACUUCAACCCUGUAGUUUAUUUCUCAUUUUAUUUAAAUCUACAGGUUGAUGGCAGACUGAUCACUGGACAAAACCCUGCUUCAUCAUCCUCGCUUGGCAAAGCUAUUGUGGCACAACUCAAGUGAUUCAGUCUUUAAGCAUGACCUACAUUUUCUAAAAACCUCCUUUAAAUACUGUAACGUUGGUCGCAAAUAAUAUAUUAGUGACUAGUUCUUGGAAAGCUUCGAAUUUUGUUUAAAUGAAAGCCUUGAGGCAAUACAAUUAAAAUAAAUUGUGUUGUUUUCAAACGGAAAGCCAUUAAUGCGAACUUCAUAUGGGAACAAAUUUGCUUUUUUUUAUAAAUCAAUUUGUUAUAAAAUUACCAAUGGUCCUGUAGCUCUUGAGAAAUAUUAAUUUUAAAUGGAUUGAUGAUCUUUGCUUAUGGCUAAUUGUAGUUAAAGAGGCAUUGCUUGUUUCUAAACUUGCUCUGCUUGUAUCCAAACUUCCAAUGCUUGUUAAACUUUAUUAUGUAUUGGUUUUUAAAUUAUUUCAUAAUAAAAAGUAAUGUAAAGUUUAAUGAAAAUAAGUCUUGAGUUUUAUAUUUAUUUUAUGUAUCUUUGUUUAAAAGACAAUUGCUAAGCAGCAGACCCCUAUGGAUUCUCAAAGUUAAUUAGAUGUUCCUCAAAAAAUAUAUUAGUAUAAAUUUAAUACACAAACAAGAGCAGUUUAACAUAUAUUUCACUAAGGGGUGCCCGAACCCCCUAGAGGUUGCGGGAGGCAGUGCCAGGGGUUACAGGAGACCCAUAAAUCAUAAUUUAUUUGGAUUUUCAUUAGAAUUUUUAAUGUUGAGGGAGUGGGUUAUAUGUUUUGAAAUCAAGGUGGUGCUGCAAAAGUAUUAAAACCCCUGAUGUAACUGUCUUGGGGUCAAACAAAUUAUAAGAAAAAUGUAUCCAUGGCCCAUAAAACUUUAAGAAAUGCCGGUUUGAAGUUUUUAACAUUAAAUUACAGCAUCAAAUAAAGACAAAUGUAUCUAUGCAUCUUACAAGUGAAAACCAAAUAAAAGCUUUUCAAAUGAAAGGGGAUCUUUCAGUUUUGUACUAGACUCAGGUGGACCCAAAUCUCAUGUCUAUUACCUUGUUGAUUUUACAAUCUGAACAAUUAAAAUAUAGCGUGAUAAAUUGGUCAAUAGCAUUUGUAAUAUUUUAAGUUUAAAUUUUAAAAUUGAUUGAUGUUCUAUUCAAUCAUUUGCUGGCAAGGAAACGGGUCUCUUUCUUUAUAUUUAUUAUCAAGACAUUCAAAUUAUAAAUCAUAUUUUCUUUACUUUCAAUUCCAGGUAGCUAAAUUAUUCAGGGCAGGUUUUUGCUAAGUGAUAUAACUUGUUUCAUUAAAGUCCAUGUGGAUUCUCCAAAAUAUGACUUAAUCAUUCCUGUAAAACACUUACUGCAGCCAUUGCUUUAAAUCAAGAUUUCUAGAAAUCCUUUUUCAUUGAUAUAUCCAAAAGAUAAAAGUAAGUUUGAAGUAUAGGUAAGGAAUUGUAAAAUACAAGCUGUUUUGA